AUGGAAAAUGGGGAAGAAUUGUCACCACAGACAGCAAUAAAUACCACCCAGAACGAUGACCGUCGCACUACAGAACGGGCACACUCCAACAGCGCCAGCAGCAGCCACAGACGCAGCGUCUCUGGAUCAUUACUGUCCAAACUUUCGUUUCUGCGCAUGAGUCAGUCGAGCUCGUCACCCGAUAGCAACGAAGUCUCGUCCACAAGCCGUGAGAUUGCCGGCAAUCUCAACGACGGCGACCCCGCAACUACAACCAACGAUGGUUACGUUGGAGGAUCGCGAACGGGAGGAGGUAGAGCAAUGGGGACAGCAAUACAACACCAGAGAAAAAUGCGCCGACGGCGGGGCUCCUUACGCAAGACAGCAUUGUUAGAGAGGAGAAACAGCAAUAGCGCUAGUACUGCAAGGGAUCAGAUCAAUUAUGGAAGCAUUGAGAAUUCUAGAGGGGUAUCGUCACCUUUGAGUACCUCACUGAGUGCUACCAGCAUGACAUCUCCUUCUACGACCCUCACAGAUGAGGAAUUAACGCCGAGAGGGAGUAUGGAUCACGACGGUGGUCAUGCUAGUGUGUACUCUGGAUACUGGACCCGAUCUCCGACGAUGGAUAGAGAUGUUGUGUCGACCGAUAUAGUCAAAUCACCCACUUCGACCGGCCUUAUAGGCGAUACAACAGAUGAAGAGGAGGAAUCAUUAUCGAGUUUCAAUCAUAAUAACAACCCUACAACUAAUACUGGCACAAACACCGGAAGAUCGACCGGAACAUCUACUCAUCUCCGCCCUUCAUCAGUCAGCAGUAGCGGUAGCAUCAAUCCACCACCCAUCGCAACGCCAUCCUCAAGUUCUGAAUCGUACUUCCUAUCCUCCCAUCACCAUCAUCACCGACACCACCAUCACCACCAAACCACUUCUGCCAACGAAACCACAGACGCCACAACCCGCCCUCUAGGCCGCUCACCCUCAACCCACCGCGCACGCUCACCACUAAUCGCCCCCGAUCUUCCCAACAGCGUCGCCGACAGCGCCAACACCGCAGCCGGACCUGGAGCAGGAUGGGACUACUCCGAAACCGAAUGGUGGGGCUGGAUAAUCCUAAUUGUAACCUGGCUGGUUUUCGUAAUCGGAAUAGGCAGUUCUUUCGGAGUCUGGAGUUGGGCAUGGGAUGUUGGCGAAACUCCCUAUGCGCCGCCGGAGCUAGAAGAUGAUCCUACGCUGCCGAUUGUGGGGUAUUAUCCUGCUUUGAUGGUGCUUACGGCUGUUAUGGCGUGGGUUUGGGUGGUGGUUGCUUGGGUUGGGAUGAAGUAUUUUAAGCAUGCUAAUAUUGCGGCUGAUGAUGGAUGA